AUGGAGAUCCCAGGUAUUGACUUCAUGAAGUCGCUAGAAGACCUUUUCUCUGAAGCUGGCGCGAAUGGCCGUGACGCGAAAACCGAGUUUGUACACCUGCGUAGCAGCCUCAUCGACUUCAUCACUACUGUUAGCGGCGGCGGUUUGACUACUGCUAAAGCCCGAGCAAAAUAUAAUCUCAAGUUCACUGAUGGAACUGAGCCCGAGACGCACAUUGCCUUCUUCCCAUCGAACCACAAUAUUACAGAGAAGCGCCCUCAACUGGAUGCUGCAACCACCGCCAAGGAGUUUAUUGAGAUCCUCGGCGCUCUCUUCAGUGAACAGAAGAGCCGAAGCCGCAGAAAGAGGAGAUCCAAUAAAAAGAGAUCCAAUACCACUCCGCCGGAAAGUCCUAUGAACAACGCCCAGAAACGCCUUGAGGCAGACGCUGCGAACAAGACUCUGUCAACAACUGAUGACAGCCCAAGAAAACGAAUCAAGCUAAACACGAGCAAGAAUAAAAGCGACGUCUCCGAACCUGCAGUUUUCAGCACUGCACAUCAGUCAAAGGACAAUACUCCCACUGAGUUUCCCAGUACUGAGAAUACGGUCAACGAUGACGGCACUAGUGUGCUGGUCCCUAUGGACAUCGAUUCUGGCGCUGCCUCGUCUCACGACAAAGGAGAAGAGAUGAACGGGGAACAGACACCGGCUGACGGGCAAAAACACCAUGGCUCUGCUCUCGAGGGGCCUUCACAAGAUCGAAAAGAUACGCACAUGAACGAUGCCGACAUCGAGACUUUACCUGCAUACUGCAGGUCGGAUAUUCUUGAAGUUGUCGCAGCCGCAGAGAGGAUCGAAGAAAACCAGUGGAAAGAUUUCAAACCAAAGCUUCUCGAGAUGCUGGGUCAAAUGCACCAGGAGCCGACACCAGAGCAACAUGAAAAGGCACUGAAGCGUCUAAGUAUAGCAGUUGCCCAGACGGAGCAAGAGAGGUCUCUUAUUCCCGUCGAAGCCUGGAAGAAGUACGAGGAAAAGCUUACAGAUGAAACGAAGAAGGGUUUGUUUGAUUGCUUGUGGUCUAGAAGGCUCUUCAAGGUCGGCAAGAUCAUCUACCUACAAGAGGAAGAGGUUGCCAUGGAGAGCCAGUGCUGGGAGCGCCUUCGGGCCGCAGCCCGUAUAUGUGCGAUCCUGAUCGAAAUGACUGCCAAACCAGAGGAACAGGAUAACCAGAAUGAUACCGACCUGUGGCUUAUUGAGAAACUUGGAGAUAUUAGCUUUCUGGAGAAGCUGUUUGCAUGCAAGGAGCGGCUUGGGGCGAUCAAGGGCACAGGAAGAGAUUGA